GAGAAAAAAAAGCCAUUGGAAAAAAGUGAAAGACGAGCUCUGAUUGGUCAGAUAUACAACACCACCUAGAUUUUUUAGGUGCAGUUGUAAGUGCCUGUUGGCUCUGCUCGCUAUUUCACUUCAGUCUAUCCGUACACCACCACAAGUACAGUGUUUGUUUGCUUCUUCUACAACACUUCCAGUCUCCCAAACGCAUGGUCCAUUGCGGGAUUUAGGACCAACUGUCUUUGUGAAUUGGCUGAUCCCGUCUUCUCGGGCGCUUUCCAGCAACCAUUACCACGACUUUGGGCCAACAAACAUUCCUUAGUCGAAAGCCCAGCAGAGUGCUCUUAGCGAAGGCUAUCUCAUUAAAUCCGAAAAAGACAUUCGUCAACGCCAGCCAAAGACAAUGCUGACCCAAGAGUUCGUUUCGACCAUCUGCGGUCCUCCUCUCGCUGCCAACACAGCUAUUUCCAAGGACGUCGGCAUCUACUCUCACUCCCUCACACCAUCCCACACCAUCAAGGCAUCUUUCAAGAAGAGUUCCACCCCUGUCAACGGUCUAGCCGUCAGUGAGUCUCAUAUUUUUGCGGCACAAGACCAGAAGGCGCAUGUCCACGUCUACUCGCGUAUACGCGGCAACCAGGAGGCUCUCGUGCCGUUCCCUGAGAGGAUCCGCAGCUUGGCACUCGCUGGUCAGGUGUUAGUCGUGGGCUCUACAGAGGGCAGACUAUUUCUCUGGGAGACGUGUACAGGCCGGCUAGUGUCAACACCACCUUGCCAUGUUCAAGCUGUUUCUUGCUUGGCCGUGACGCCAUAUCACAUUCUAUCUGGUUCUGAUGACUCAAACAUCAACGUUUGGUCAAUAUCCCGACUUUUGGAGCUCGAUGCUCAGGCGGAGCAAGAGCCUGAUUUAACCCUCUCUAACCAUCGUGGUGCUAUCACAAGUCUAACUGUCGGUCCUGGCACCAACCCGGAAACUAGCAUAUGCGUGUCCGCCAGUAAGGACAAGACAUGCAUCAUCUGGAACUACCAGACCGGCCAGCUUCUCCGUACACUGCUCUUCCCAGCCUUCCCUCUCUGCGCCCGUCUAGACCCAAGUGCCAGGGCACUAUUCGUAUCUUCUGAGGCCGGUGCUGUCUACCUUGUCGAGCUAUUCGGUGGUGGCAAACCGUUACUUGGUUCCCGAAGCACAGAGCUGCCGUCUAUUGUCGUGCAAAUCAACACCCCGCUUGCUGUUUCGGAUCCAGAAGUCGGACAGCCAUCAUGCCUUGCUCUUACAUAUGACGGCACUUCGAUAUUGUCCGGACACACCAAGGGCAAGAUUCUACGGUGGAGUCUGGCCGAAAACGGCCACUCUACAGACGUUGCGAAUCUAAAUGCUUCUGUCACCAACCUGUGUUUCAUACCUCCGCUAUCAACUGAGCAACCAACAAAGACGGUAUUCAUAGUGAAACCAAACCAGAGCCUAAAGCGGUACAACUUUACGGCCCAGCUUACCACGGAUCUGGGGGAGUAUACAAAGCUUGACCAGCUGCUCAAGACCAAUGGGAUCCCAUCGGAAACUCUUGAGGCAGCAAUUUCAUCUGUAACAAAUCCAUCAGAGACUCAACAAGAUGACGAACUUGCUAGACAGGACGCACAGUUCCGGGCCAUCAUAAACAGCUGCAACCUACUCCAAGACCCGAUUAGUUGGAUAUCUGCUGCAAGCGCACACCCUUACAGCAGUUAGCCUCCCAAAUACUUUAAUGUGUAAUCUCCUGAGAGCACGCAUAAACCGUCCACAGUCGAACCUCGUUUCGGAUUAGUUCAUGUUGCUUCCCGCCUCUUUUCUCAGCCUCAACGCUCUAGCAUGUCCUAUGUAACAAGUCGUACAACUCACAUUGCUGGCCUCGUUCACUCUUCUCCUUCCAAGCUGGUCCUCCCGAGAAAUAUGUCAAAGCGUACAGCAUGUUGCACAUGUGUCACAACUCACGUUCUCUGGGAGAAGCAUUCUCAACUUGACUUCCCUGUUUGGAGAACUGAAUUCGUGGUGGCUGCCAUAACCCGCACCUGGAGUUGCAUCGCACCGGUUCGGAGUAACGUGCAUCUCAGUGAAAAAGUUCUUGCAGCAAAGUGUGGCUGCAUUUCAGUUUCGUUUCUUGUUUAACGCAAGGGAUUCUCUAAUGCAGAUGAUAAAUGCUGUGGGCGCUAGUCUUGGAUUUUCAUGCAAGGGAUUCCGACACGCUCUGCGAGUGUAACAUCUGUCACUUCUCUAGGUAAAAGCGUCAGCCAGAUCCGAUAAACGGGCUUGUCGUUUAAAUAAACUUGACCAUAUCGGGAGGGACUUGCAGUCGUAUUUGCUGGGGAAAUGACACUACCCGAUACUGACCCAGCUGAGGUUUUCUGAUUGAUCAUAACAUUAUCGUCAUCCAAAUUGAAACUUUUUCGUUCUAUGCAACUGAUGAUGC